UUCACAUCCAAUAGUCAAUAUUUAUUGGAACUACGUUUUCUAAGAGGUAAACGGUCUCUUGUGUAUUUUUCCUUUAUAAUUUUAUAAACAAGGGUUUCUCUAGGUAAAAACGAACAAGUAGUACUUUUUUCGUCAAGAAAUCGUUUGCCAUUACUAAUUACUCCAUUUCCACAAUGAACGGGUUUCAAUCGCCGAUACACCUAGAUGCCAUCUUAUCCGUUCAUUCUUCAUCCAAAUGCAUCUUAAAAUUUCUCAUAUGAAAAGGUCAGUGCAACUUAGUCCUCUCAACCAGUCGCGACAAAAAGUCAUGAGGUUGAUCGGUGUUAAUGAAUAAAUGAACGGUGAUGAAGAGAAACUGGACGUCCGAGUAAAUUCAUGACAGGCUCUCUCUCUAACAGUGUGAGGUGCCUCUCUCACUCUCUAGCGCUAAUCCGACCAAUGGCAUUUUACCUCUUCUUGCUCGUCUCAAACUGAAACAGUUAGAAAAGUUUAUUGGCGAAGAUGGAGGGGAGCAAGGGCCUCGUCAUCAAGAGCAACAAAACCCUAAUUUCAUUCUUGCUUGAUGCGUCUCAGCUCCAAACCCUAAGUGCUGAUCUCCGUACAGUUGCAGAGGAUCUCUCCUCAAAGGAUUCAAUCCCUUACAAAACUUUAAAAGACCUCUGGCUCUCCAUGCCUUGUUCUGAAAGGCCCAGUCUCUUGUCCCUCCUCUUCUCUUCUGAGUUCCUCCUUCAAAGCCCUAAGCCAAGAGAAAAGAGUGAAGAGCUGAAGGAGAGACUAAGGAAACUCGCAGAGGAUGCUGAGAAGAAAGCAUACGAUGAUCUCAUCAAGGAUAUAGCUCCGAAAAAACAAGAAGAACCAUUUUCUUCUUACAGAGAUCAGAUUGGGUUUGGUCUCCAUGUCAUUGUGACGAUGUUCACGGGUUUUUUGGUUGGAUAUGCUGGAUUCAGGGCCUUGUUUGGUCGAAGCGCAAUCAUGAGUGCAGCAGGGGGAAUCUUCGGAUUGGUAUCUGCAAUGCUUCUCGAAACUGUUCUCUUCAUUAUAAGGGCUUCAGGUCAAGAUAUUGGAUCUUCUGCUUCAGCAUCAUCCUCCUCUUCUACAUCACUAAAGCUAAAGAAAAAGCAAUAAGGGAACUGAAAUAUGAUUCUAACUGACAUGCCUGUACUGUAACUAGUCUUUAUUUAACUCUUAACCAGUUCUGCUGAAAAUGAUAUUUGUUUGUGUUAUCCUCAUCAGCAAAUUUUGUAAUCCUAUCUUGUUCCGUGUAAAUAAGUUCAAAAUAGUUCAUAUUCAGGUCCUAUGGAGUAUGAAUCUUUUAAAUUGUCGGGUUAUCAAUCAUGUCUCAGUGCUCCCAAGAUAAAGCCCUAUCAGUCCUUAUUUUGUCGGGCUAUCGACCAUGCCUCAGCACUCCCUUUUUGUGUGGCUGUUAGGCCCCUGUAAAACCUGUGGUUGGUAAACCAUAGAUCAUAAUCAGCUUCUUUGAUACGAGAGCCAGAGAGUUGAAACAUUAAGAUGCUUUUGUCUAAAUGCAGUGGAAAUUCUACAUUAA